CUCAUCAUCCACUAUCACAAAGAGCCGCAGGAGGGCGACACAGGUUCAUGAUUCUGGAGUUCCUCUGAGAAAUCACUGUAACACUCUUCUCUUCAACGCGUUUCCAAUAACAACGAUCGUAUUACAUGCCAAUUAUUAAUACACGUUCACCUGUAAAACUGACGAAGGAUCCCGUAAUAACCUAUUAUAUGUUUCAUAAUAUUCAAAAUAAGCAAUUACAUGUUUCCCCAUCAGCACGCGCACGUGCACGCGCACGCGGGCUCUCCUCCUCCAGCGCUGCUGUAUGGUAAGUUCAGUUAUCACACCCCAUACUGCUGUAGCUGUCAAACUGAAUCACGUCCAUCGCCGCCGCUCAUAUUCCCACACGCAGAUCGGCUUUUCUGGGUAUUAGCGUCUGUUCUCACCUCCAUGGCCACAUCAGAUGGAUCAGAAGAUUGCGUUGUGCAGAGAGGAAGAUCUCAAAGUGACCCGAGCAUCCUCAGCGACGCGCGUGUCGUUUAUACGAGCGGCACAGAUGUAAUGGAUCAGCACAGAGCACUUCACUCUGGUUGUCUUGUGUCAGGGGUCCGAACUCCCCCCAUCCGCCGCAACAGUAAACUGGCCAGCCUGGGACGCAUCUUCAAGCCCUGGAAGUGGAGGAAAAAGAAAAAUGAAAAGCUGAGGCAGGGCUCUACAGGGCUGGAGAGGAAAGUGCCCACCAGGCAGAAUCGUGACGAUCUUGUCAGGAAGGGCCUCCAUGCAGAAGCUGGCAUGGAGUCUGGCCUUGUGUGUGGCGGGAAUACAGACGAGCCAGGAACCCUCCUGCUGGAUGAGUCUGACGGAGAGGAGCGAGAGGACGAGCCCAUGGCGCCGCUGGCCAGCAACACGGACGAUCUCGGGUCUGAUGAAGACAAUCUGUCCUCAGAGCGAGACGCAGCAGAGAUGACAGAAACAGAAGGGGAACUUGAGCAAAGUGAAGAUGAGGAGAAGCCUUGUGUCGAUGCCUCGAGGAGAGGGGCCAGUGUGGGGCCCGCUGAGGCCCCUGAGUGCCAUGAGGAGAAGAAAGAGGAGCCACCACUCAGAGAAGUCCACACUCCUCCAGCCAAACUUGCUGUGAAGCUGCUUACUCGACUGGGCAGUCUGGACAGUACCCACUCUAAUCAGAGCCGUCCCGCUCCAGCCACGCUGCCCAGGAACUUCACCCUGCCCAAAGACACCCUGAGGGGCAGGUUUUCCACCCCCACCGGCUCCCCUUACUUAGGUGUCAUGCACCAUCAGCUGCCCCCUAGCUGCAUCAUCGAGGAACUGCACCGUGCGCUGGCCACCAAACACCGGCAGGACAGUUUCCAUGGUAAGGAGAUCCGUGGUUCACCCAGACGGCGCUCGGAUGGACGGCUGUCCCGCACCGCCAGCACUGAGAAUGAGCCGAGCGCAGAGGUGGAGAACAAAAAAGAGGCCGAAGAGAACAAGGAGAACAUGCGUCUGGAUGAAUACUACAGCGACCAGGACAGCUGGAACGAGUCCGUCAUCUCCGGUACACUUCCACGACGAAUCAGAAAAGAGCUUCUGACAGUGAAGCUGCGUAACAGACCCAGUAAACAGGAGCUGGAGGACAGGAACAUCUUCCCUGUGCGCAGUGAUCAGGAACGCCAGGAGAUCCGCCAGCAGAUUGAAAUGAAGCUUGCCAAGAGACUGAGUCAGAGACCAGCGGUGGAGGAGCUGGAGAGCCGAAACAUCCUCAAACAGAGGAAUGACCAGACAGAGCAAGAGGAGAGACGGGAAAUUAAGCAAAGGCUAAACAGAAAGCUCAACCAGCGGCCCACCGUUGACGAGCUGCGGGACAGAAAGAUCCUGAUCCGUUUCAGUGACUAUGUGGAAGUGGCCAAAGCUCAGGAUUACGACAGGAGAGCAGACAAGCCCUGGACCAGACUAUCUGCUGCAGAUAAGGCAGCGAUACGCAAAGAGCUGAAUGAGUUCAAGAGCAACGAAAUGGAGGUUCAUUCAUCAAGCAAACACUUGACAAGGUUCCAUCGACCAUAGCAAGGUUUCUUCCAUGAAGAAUAUGCUAACGGUAUCUCUAUGAAAUCAAAGACCUCAGGAGGCUGUCCAUGGCUGCUCCAUGGAGGGCCUGAUAUUUGGGCGCUAGUGAACCUUGGAGGCUAUGUCUCUGGAGCUUCAGCCUGAAAAAGCUAAAACCCUCCAAACUCCACUCAGUCCAGCUACAAGUCUGUAGAUUAUUGAGCCUUUAUUCUUUUUCAGGGGACUCUCGUGGGACGGUGGAAGACUGUUUGAAAAAAAAAAAGACAUUGACUUUUUCGUUUUUUUGUAAUGGACUGUUUUAUCCGGUCGCCUUUUGAUGCCAAUGGGGGGGUGGGUGGGGGUCAAGCAUGUGACUCUUUUGAACUCUUUUUCCCGCACCAGUGCUGGUGCUGUAGUGACACCCUGAACGUUUCUGGGCUCCUACUAAAACUUGAGUUUCAUAUCAGCUGUAUAGAUGUUAGUAUGAGGAACGGAAAUCAUGUCUUACCUUUGCAAGGACUAUUUAUUGUCUGUACAGUACAAGCUUUGGGAUUUUUAACAAACGACAAAGUCUGUCUUCUUUUCUGAAUGAAUGGAUGGAAGCAUGAAUGGAUGAUGAAUCGAUUUAGCCGAAACAUCGUGCUCAUACUCUCAUGGACCAUCUCUACUAACAACCUUCAUCUCUUAUGUUCAUUUGUUUAAUCAAUCUCUUGUCUUGUGUUCAAGAGAACACCAGAUUCAGUUUCUUUUAUAAACCUAAUAGUCUUACAGAAGCUUUCAGGAAGUUUCAUUGUCCUUGACGAAAACACGAUAAGUCAUUAUUUCCAUUCACACACACACACACACACACACACACACACACACACACACACACGCGCACACACACACACACACGCACACACACACACGCACAGACGCACACACACACACACACACACACACACACACAGAUCUAUGAGGAGGGAAGAUCUGCCGUUAGUUUAACAUUCAUUCCUAACGUGCUCAUUUUCCUUUGUGAAUAAAGACAGAUUAAAUGUUUGGCCGGUUGAAUGUAAGGUUAUAUUUUAAGAAGUCACAGCUUUUCCAUCAUGACGUAGUAGCUGCUGUAUGUGGGUGAGCAGAAAGCAGGACAGUGGUGUCAGUUGAUGGAGAGAAGGCACUUUACAACACCCUGACACCAUUUCCCUUUGAGGUUAAUGAAAAAGAAGACGUGAAGAUCAAAAA